GGAUGGGAAGGACGAAAGAAAUUCGGAAAAACGACAAAUGCAAGGAAGCCAGAAGAAAUGUCAGAAGAGAGAAUAGCAAUCUGCGAGAAAGAUAGCCGAAAAAGACAAAGUAAAGCACGGAAAAGCGGAAAGGAAGACGACCAGACAGGAAAAAAAGAAGUCAGGCUAGAAGAACGCAGGACGAGAAAGAAGAAGGAAAGAGAUGAAAACAGAACGAUGAGAAAAAAGGAGAGAGAGGAGGACCGAAAAAGAUGCGAAAGUACAAAGUGGAAUAUCGCCACAUUAGGAGAAAAGAAAAGGAAACAAAAAAGAAAGAAAGACAUAUGA